AUGAGACUGAAUCAAGAUACAGUUUUGGAAACAUCCCGACUAUUUAUGGUCCCAUAUCUCCGCACCUAUGUUCCAAAGUAUCACAGUUGGAUGCAAGAUUCGUGGUUGAGAGCAAGUACAUCUUCAGAACAGCUUACACUGGACGAGGAAUAUAAAGCACAAGAACAAUGGUGUAAUUUAGAUGAUCGAUUAACUUUUAUUUUACUCAGUAAACAAUUAUAUCAAGAUUAUUGGUUAUUGAAUAAUAUGAAAAUUAAUAUAAUUCAAUCACAAUGGAAUGUUUAUCAUGAAAAUGCAGAAAUUUUUUCAAUGAUUGGUGAUGUCAAUUUAUUCAUUACAUAUUCUCAUAUUAUUAAUGAUUUAGAAGGUGAAUUAUCUGUAAUGAUUGCUGAAUCAAAAUAUCGUGGUCAUGGUUUAGCAGCUGAAGCAUUAGCUGGUCUACUUGAAUAUUCUGUUGCUAAAGUAUCAAUGACAAAUGAAUCAAGUAUAAAAUUUUUUCAAAAUCGUUUACAGUUUAUUGAAAGAUCAAGAAAUACUAUAUUCAAUGAGAUUGAAUUUGUACCAGAUAUACAACAAUUAUCAAAUGAAGAUCAAAAUCAAUCCAAAUUUAAAAAUCUUGCUUUGAAUACCUCUCAAUGGAUUAUAGAUCGAUUAUUGAAUAAUUCAUUAGGAUCUACAUCUUUUAAAUGGUACUAUACAGAAAAAGAUUUGAAGUUAUGGCGUCAAACACCUAGGGAAUAACAUUGUUUUGUUUUUUUUUAGUCUUAAUGUUUUGUAUACAUGAAUAAAUAUGUUUUACUAAAGUGUUUAUUUUUUUUUCUCUUUUUCAUUUUCUUUGUUUUCAUAGUAUUUCUAUCUUGUUAUCAUGUUUGACUUUUAUUGUCAUUGAAUUCUCUAAAAUUCUGCUCUUUGAAUUAAGAUUUCAAUUGAUAUAGGACUAAUAGUUGUUCAUUGAAUCAAUGGUUCUUAAUUACUAAGCAUAACUUUGUGUACUAUAGAACUUUAAACCAUGUUUGAAUUUUAAGUGCUAGCGAUACUCACCCAUUUACUAAACCUGAAGUAGGUGGAGUAGGUAUAGAUCUUCCAAGUGAAACAUUCUAAACACUUGGACCAUCUCUAUAUCUGAGGAUAUCUCAAUCUAUUCUAACAUACCUAUUUACAAUGGUAUUGUUUGUAUCAUUUUACUGUAUAGAUUAUUAUCAAAUUUGAAAUUAGAAAUGUUGGGGGUAACAGAUAGUCAGUCAGUUAGAACCAAUGUUGAACCUAGUACGACUGUUUAUUUUUUAUCGACCCAUGUAAUCACAACAUAACAAGUAGAAUGAAAGAAAAAAAGUUAAUUUCAC